AUGCACACACGCUCUAGGGGUUUACCUUUAGAGCCUAUCGAUCUUGAGAUCGAAGCAUCCAACAGAAGGAGAAACGCUUUGAGAAGGCUAAAUCAAAGGAUCCGAGUCUCUUCUCCGGUCCAAAGACGAUCACCUUCACCAGUUCAAGAAUCACCGUCACCUACUCCGUCACCAGUUCACUCCCCUAUUCAGUUUAAGCCACAUUCUCCUAUUCUGAUGGAGAACGUAGAGGGGAAUGAUGUUCCACCACCUCCUCCAACGAAUGCUCAGCUUCAACAACAACUCGAAGACCUGCAAAGGCAGUUAAAUCAAAGGCAAAACGUGGUACCUGUCCAGAACAUGUAUGCCUAUCAUGGGGUGGCAAACCCACCCGUUGGCAACAAUGUUAAUGCCAACACGUUUGAACUCAGGAGAGGACUACUUCAGAUGGCGGAAAACAAUGCUUUUAGAGGCCGACCCACAGAGGAUCCUAACAAGCACCUCACUAAAUUCAUCCAGAUCUGCAACACGACGAAAAUAAAUGGAGUCACAGAUGAGCAGAUCAGAUUAAGGGUGUUCCCUUUUUCUCUGGAGGAUGAUGCCAAGGAUUGGCUGGACAGUAUGGAGCCCAACUCCAUUCGCACGUGGGAGGCCAUGGUUGAGAAGUUCUUAGAAAAAUACUACCCACCGAGUGAGGCAUUGAAGAGGCAGUCAGAAAUCCUUUCGUUUGAGAUGACUCCCCAAGAGAGUAUCCGAGGAGCUUGGGAAAGAUUCAAGGGGCUGAUGAAGAGGUGCCCCAAUCAUGGGCUGAAUCCGACGCAUCAAGUCCUAGCAUUCUAUAGGGGGUGUCUGCCUGAAGCAAAGCGUGAACUGAACCUGAGCGCAGGAGGAUCAUUGCUGAAGAAAGGAGAAGCAGAGGCCAUGGAAGUGAUUGAGAGAGUGACAUCUAAUGAUGAAGGCUGGAACAACGUGAGGAGCAACAUACACAGAGUAGCCUCUGCCGCAGAGAGCAGCCAUAUGGACAGCAUGUAUAAACAAAUGGAGCUCCUCCACAAGAAGAUAGAUCUCAUGGGGAUGGGACCGGCUAUACAGGAGCAGAAAGAGGGUGUAGAGGAUGUUAGCUACAUACACCAAGGGGGCAAUAGAUACUAUAACAACUCCCGCCCCAAUCAAGGUGGUGGAGGUUACAAUCAUUUUGGGAACAAGGCGCAUCCUAACCUAUCAUAUGGGAACCCCAACAAUGCCCUUCAACCACCACCGGGGUUCACAGUUUCUCAAGGAAUGAUCACUGAGCCGCAGAACAAAUGUUCAGAGGACAUAUUGAAUGCAUUCAUGAUUCAGUCACACAAGAACAUGGAGCAUACCAAUCAAAGGCUAGAGAAAGUUGAGAAUAAUAUGCAUGGCAUGGCAGGACAUAUGAAGAGCCUGGAGACGCAGAUGAGUCAGAUUGCCCAAGCCGUGGGACAAUUACAUCAAUCGGGGCAAUUCCCAAGCACUACAGUUCCAAAUCCAAAAGACUGCAAGGUAAUCUACUUAAGGAGUGGGACAAGCUAUGAGAGUCCUCCUAUGCACGAGGUGGAAGCUAAAGAAGUGCCCGAAGAGAAAGAAGAAGAGGAGAUUGAGGUGGAAGCACCUCUUAUGCAGCCCGAGGAUUUGAAUGUUGGUGAUGUUACAAGUCUGAAUCAACGUUCAACAUCGCUCGACGUCGAUCCAAGAAACUCUACAAACGCUGCCGACGAGACGCAAUCUCGCGCUCAGCAUCCUUCAUCGGGAAUCAUCGCCGACCCAAACCUAUUGGGCGCUCGACGAUUUCGGAUCCGUUUCUUGUUCGUGGACGAAUCGAUUCUGUUAAGGGACUCAUCCCUUAACAUUCAACCUGAGGCAAUUGUUUCCCCCACGCCGAAAGAGGUUAAAAUUCCUUUUCCUCAAGUGGUGCAAAAGAAGAAGUUGGACGAGAAGCUUGUUAAGUUCCUUGAAAUCUUCAAGAGAGUGCACCUCAAUAUUCCUCUUAUUGAGGCUCUCCAACAAAUGCCCGGCUACCUCAAGUUUUUGAAAGAGAUUGUGUCCAAGAAGAAGAGGUUGGUUGAUUAUGAAACCGUAAACUUGACCAAGAAUUGUAGUGCAAUCAUCCAAGAAAAGAUGCCGGCAAAGAUGAAAGAUCCGGGGAGCUUUAACAUUUCUUGUGUGAUCGGGAAUGAUAGGCAAACUAAGGCCUUGUGUGACUUAGGGGCAAGCAUAAAUCUCAUACCUUUAAGCUUCUUCCGAAAGUUGAAAUUUGGUGUCUUGAAGCCAACUACAUUUACCCUUCAAAUGGCGGAUAAAUCCGUCAAAUACCCGAAUGGACUCCUUGAGAAUGUAUUAGUAAGGGUGAAUGAUUUUAUCUUCCCCGUGGAUUUUGUUGUUUUGGAAAUGAAGGAGGAUCCAAAUGUCCCUCUCAUCCUUGGAAGACCAUUCCUAGCAACUGGAAAAGCUCUAAUUGACGUCACUAAGGGAGAACUCACCCUUAGGCAUGGAAACAAGACGGUCAUUCUCUCCUUGUUGGACAAGAUGAAACGUCAUGAAGUGGAAGAGUCCAAGAGAGUGGAAGAAGUGCCCUUAAAAGUUGAAGAGUGCAAGAUGAUACAAGCGGCACAUGUGAGGGCUAGGGAUGAUGAGGUUGAGAAUCCUUUGGAGGAUAUAUAUUUAUGCCUGAAUGGAUGUUUGAAGAUGAACAUGGAUUGGGGGUAA